AUAAAGGAGCGCACCCCGUGAGGCGGGGCUGUGGACUGGUUGGACCGGACUGACGGUGGCAGCCUCCGCGUUCCUUCACCGAGCAGACAGGCGGCCCGGAGAUGAGCGGCGGAGCGCGGAGAUGAGACGGGUGUAGGAUCGGAGGGUCCGGUACCGAGGGAGACUAUGAGGCCCGCCGCGGUGGCCUUCUACGGGGCGGCGCUGGGGCUCCUGGUGGUCGGCCUGCGGGAGCUGCUGACUGGCUUCGAGGAGAACAGAUGCAGCAUGACCUACAUGUUUGAGUACCCGGAGUACCGAAGAGUGGUUCUGCCGCGGCGCGUGGCCAGACUGUACCCGGCCUACGGCCUCUACCUGUACGGCGAGGGCGUCUACGCUCAGGAGACCCGGGCGCUGAAGCUCAGCGGCGCCCCCGUGCUUUUCCUGCCCGGCAACGCAGGCAGCUACAAGCAAGCUCGCUCUCUGGGCUCCGUGGCCCUCAGGAAGGCUGAGAACCUGGACGGAGGCGUUCACCUCAACGUCUUCACGGUGGACUUCAACGAGGAGCUGGUGGCGCUUUACGGAGGAAGUCUGCUGCGACAGACGCACUUCCUGCACGAGAGCAUCAAGGCCGUCCUGAGGCUCUACAAGCACCUGAAGACGCCGCCUCAGAGCGUGGCGCUGGUCGGCCACUCCAUGGGGGGGGUGGUGGCCCGCGCGCUCUUCACCCUGCCUCGCUUCCACCCUCACCUGGUCAGCCUCAUCAUCACCCAGGCGUCGCCCCACGUGGCUCCGGUUCUGGCGCUGGACCCGUACCUGCUGGAUUUCUACGGCGCGGUGAGGCAGAAGUGGGUGAAGCAGGCCAGCAGGCUGAGGAACGUGACGGUGCUGUCGGUGGGAGGCGGUUACCGUGACUACCAGGUGCGCUCCGGACUGACGUCCCUGCCCUGCCCCCCCGGAGACGUCAGCAAGCUGUCGCUGGUGGUGACGGCCGUUCCUCGGACCUGGGUCUCCACCGACCAUCUCUCCAUCGUCUGGUGCAAAGAGCUGGUUCUGGCCACGGUGCGGGCGUUCUUCGACCUCGUGGACGCCGACACCAGACAGUUCACAGACGACCCGGAGAGGAAGCUGACCGUGCUGAAGCAUCACUUCAUCAGACACCCCGGCAGGAUGCUGCGCGACGCCCAGGACUCACCUGUCUCCAUCUCAGAUGUUCCUGAAGCCUGGACUGAGGUGAACACGCUGCGUCUGUCUUACAGCACGCCGAAGGAAGGACAGCUGAAGUACUUCCUGUUCGCGCUGUCAAGUCGCCGGAAAGCCUACAGUCACUUCUACUGCCGGAGCAACAACCUGGAGAUGAGCAGCUGGGUUUUCGGCUGCCAACACGCCAACGGGUCCACAUGUGCGCGCGCCGUGGAUCUGUCCCUGGGAACGGAGCUCCUGCCGCCGUACAAGGUUCUGGUUCUGAGUCUCAGCGACUUGUCCUCCUUCACUCAUCUGGCUGUUUCUGCCUCCAACCUCAACGGCAAACAGUUCACGGUGGAGUGUGAGUGGCAGAGGGAAGCAUCUCAGACGCUGUCCGUCUCCGUGCCUCACGUUCUGUCCUUCGGUGUGACGGUCAGUGACGUCACGGUGAACUCCUCUGGACUCCUUCACAACAUCCAGCUGCUCCACUUUCACCAGGUCUACCAGGCCUUCAGGAUCACCGUGGCGAGUCAGUGCCGAGGCACCAGAGACAGGCUGCCGAGCGCGUACCGGAUGCGGGUCUCCUGGUUCCGUGAGGACUCCUUCACCACGGCCAGCACGCCGUCGGCCGCCGACAUCCCAGCGAUGCUCCACACCAGUCGCCCUGACGACGCCUCGGCGGUUCUGCUGCAGCUCCACACCGCCCCCAACUGCCAGUACAAGGUGUCGGUCAGAACUUCGUUCCCCAAGGUUCUGGGUCAGGCGCUGAGGUUCUGCGGUCCCAUGGUUCCGGUCUACACGGCUGUAACUCUCCUCCUGGCCUGCGGGGGGCAGCUGUCCUCCAUCCUGACGUCAGGGAGACCAGCAGACAUGAUGCAGGCGGCGGGCCGCGGGCUGCAGCCUCAUAAAGUCAACCUUCCUGUUUACCUGCUGCACAUCCUGCUCAGCUGCAGCUGCUUCCAGGACUUCCUCCCCCCGGAGGACACCAUCGCCUCCACCUUACCUGAGGGGGCGGAGUCAGCGGCGGAGUGGCCACACCUCCUCUCUCCUCUGCUCUACGUUCUGGGGGCGGCGGUGGCGUUCUGGGGCAGCGCUCUGCUCCGGGUUCUGGUCCGGCUCGUCUCACUGGUGCUGGCUCCGCUGCACAGACCGUCCGUCUCCAGAACCUGCGGAACCCUGCGGCGCCGGACCCAGCUCCUCCUGGGUCUGGUUCUGACGGUUACCGGCUGGAUGUCCUGCGGAGCGCUGGCCAUCCUCGCCUCCUCGCUGCUCCACCUGUACCGGGUCGUCAGGCUGCAGAUGACGGAGAGAUCUCUGAGUCACAUGUUGAAUCUGGCGCCACGCAGACCCAAACCCGCUGCCAACGGCGCCGCGGACGGGUCGGGGGAGCGCGGCGGCGCCGGCCUGCUGUCUGAGGGCGCCCUGCAGGAAGUGAGGGACGACCUGCAGCUGCACCUCAGCCUGGCGCCGCUCCUCCUGCUUCCUGUGGCGCUCGGGGCGCCGUCCCUCAUCCACUGGACCCGCAACCUCAGGUUCUGCGCCCGGCUGGAUCCGGACCCGUGUCGGCUUCACGCGGCGCCGCUGGUGUUCUGCUACCUGCUGCUCAUCAACGGCGACACCCUGACGCUCAGCAACAGCAGACUCCUGCCGGCCGUCACCUGCCUCCCGCUCCCAUUGGCUGUCACCAUGGCGACCUUCUCUUCACUUCACCUGUACAGACUCGCCUACUUCCUGUCGGCGGCGCUGGUCCCUCUGGCCUUCUGCUGCGUCCUCUGAGGCUCCGCGAGGCGCCGGGUCCAGCAGAGCCAUAGAAACGCUGAGCCGGGGGAACCGGCCGCUCGGUACCGGUACCGGGAGCUCUGGGUCCGGAAAGCCCGGGAAGAAACUGGAGGUUCUGUGCCCCCCCGCUGGAUGUCCUGACACCAUGUUUGCCUUAUGCCGUUUGUCUAUAGUUCUGCUCUGAGGCCCGGCUGCCGUGGACGGCGCCGUCCCCUCACACUGCCUGCAGCCGGACCGGACCGGGCCUCAGAGCAGAACCUGUUGUACGUCCAUGGUUCCCUUCCUGCCGAGGUCCGGUUGGUGCUGAGCGGAACCCGGUGGAGGAGGAGCUUCGUUCUCUCGUCUUUCUUUCAGCUCUACGUUUGUUCGCACUGUGACCCGUCGACCCGGCGGGCCCGCGGCGCCGGUUCUGGCAGCUUUAGGUGAAGAACUGUCGCCGUGAUUUCAGAGGAAUUGUCCAAAAGGUCCUGGACCUCCAUCAGAACCAUCAUGUCCCCUCAUGCCAGCUCAGGUGUCAGAACCGCAUGUUCUGGGCCUUAAUGCCGAUCCAGAACCGCUGGGCGCCUGAACAGGAAGCUGCUGUUGACCUGUCAGAAUAAAAGCCUCCCAGCUUUACCACCAACCUGCGCCUUCCUCAUCGCUCUUUAUUGCUCGGUCCCUGGCGGCCAUUUUGGAUUCUGAUCAUGUUCUGGUCGUGUUCCUUCAGAACCGUCCCACCAGCUGUGACUGCUGCCUUAUUCCUGCAACACAGAGACACUGAUACCAACGAUAAAACCAGCCUCAAGUUCUGCAGAACCAGUCGACCCGGUUCUGGUAACGUCUGAAGGCGACGUCUCGCUGAGUCCUGAAAACCGACAUCUGCAUCGUUUUAAUCCGCCUCACGCUGGUUCUGCUGGUUCUGAUGGUUCUGAUGGCCCUGUCUAAUGCAGUUAAACCUGAAACAAGGUUCUGGUUCCGCCCAGAACCAGCAGAGGCAGAACCUGAUCUCAUUCAUUCAUUGCUCGGCCGUGCCUUGAUCCUUGGCUGCUGCCCGUCAGCCGGAACCAGCCGGUUCUGGAACCAGCCGGUUCUGGAACCACCCGGUGCCUCAGCCGACCCGCCCGGACCCCUGAGCUGGACCCGGCCGUUUCCGGCUCGGUGGGAGAACCGGAUGUGUGACUUGGUGGAGCGGCGCCGGUCCGCUGUGCUGACCCGGCUGUGGUUCUGUGGUUCUGUGGUUCUGAACAUCUUGGGACUGAAUGUGUGGAAACUCGUCAGCUCCUCUGUGCCGUUGCAGUUUGUGCUGAGCGAGCAGCGGUACCAGCGGAGUUCUGGUUUCCAGAACCGUGACCCGUGUUCUCUGUGACCCGGUCAGAACCGCGGCGUCCAGAUUAACGGAGCAGGAAGACGUCUGUCCAGCGGCGCUUUGUGAUUGGUCGACAGCUUCUCCGCUGGCAGCUGCUGCGUGGUUCUGUUGACCCGCUUUUACCCACCAGAACAAAAGGUCCGUGUUUGUUCUGUAACUCACUGCUUGAUGACCUCAGAGGCCUCAGGUUAAAGGUUAAAGGUCAGGGCCGCUUUGAGCAGAGCGGUACCGUCUGGGUCUUUAUCUGCGGCCUGAGAGGUUCUUCAGAACCGGCGCCGGGUCUUUGUUGUGCAGAAGCUGAGCUCGGUUUGAGCUUCAACGUCAAACCAUCGCAGAACCUGUCGGCAUUUCUGGGUUGGACCGAAAUCUCACCUCCAGAAUUUCCCUUUGGUUCUGAAACUAAAGCUCUAAGCGUGUUCCCCUCCUGCCGUUAUCGGACCCGUUCAGGAACCUUUCAUCCAGCAGAACAUGGGGAACCAUCGUGGUUACAAGUACCUCUGGUGUCCUGAUGAGAACGGGUCCGGUUUCAUUUAACUGGAUUUCUAUGUUCUGCAGCCCAUGCACACCCAGACAGUAGCAGGUUCUAAAUGACCCGGUGGUUCUAAGUGACCCGGUGGUUCUAAGUGACCCGGUGGUUCUAAGUGACCCGGUGGAACAGCCCGGCGGUACCUUCCAGAGGAACCGUGGGCUCCUGGGUCGGACGUUGAAGCUGAAAUCCAGCUGUUGGUGUUUGAUGUGCAGAUGUGCCACGUAGCUGAGGACGUAUUGGGUUUGGGUCUUUGAAUGUUCUGGUGGCUUUGAUCCUCAGGUUUGUGUAAAAACUGGUUGAUGUUUUUAUAUUUCUCAUAUUUCUAGCUGAUCUAACUGUAAAUGGGACUUUUUGGCACAAAUGUUUGAAUAAAACCAAGAAAAUAA